AUGUCUUCGCUCGUCUUCAUGGGAGAAGAGCUGUGUCGCGACCAGGAGUGGAUUGAAGCAUCGAGCGAUUGGAUCAAGCUGGGAUUCCACCUACGCGACGUGAUGGGACAAUACCCACGCUGGAUGAGACCUUACAUCCACUGGCUCAUGCCCUCGUGCUGGAAGUUGCGCAAAAUGCUGAAGCGCAUUCGCGCGGCCCUAGAGCCGCACCUGCAGCGUCGUGAAGAUGCCAAAGCCGCCGCUCUGAAGCAGGGCAAGAUCCUCAAGUACAACGACUGCAUUGAGUGGUUCGGCCAAGAAUACGAAGAGGGCUACGACGUCGCUGUUUCGCAGAUGACGCUGUCCCUGGUCGCCAACCACACCACUAGUGAUCUGACGCUGCAGACGAUGCUCGACCUGGCUAUCCGCCCAGAGCUUCUGGCCCCUCUGCGUGAGGAGAUAAUCCGCGUGCUCGGCGAGCACGGUCUUCGCAAGACAUCUCUUUACAAGCUGAAGCUCAUGGACAGCGUCCUGAAGGAGUCGCAGCGAUUAAAGCCCGUCAUGAUCGCCACCUUCCGCAGACUGGCCACCCAAGAUGUCCGGCUCUCCGAUGGCUUUCUGAUCAAAAAAGACACCCGCAUCGUUUUUGAAAACACGCACAUGUGGGACGAAAAGUACUACGAGAAUCCACUUGACUAUGAUGCCUGGCGCUGGGUGAAGAUGCGCGAGGACCCGUCGUCGGAGCACCUAGGGCACUUGGUGAGCACGAGCGCCAAUCACAUGGGCUUCAGUCAUGGUCAGCAUUCGUGCCCGGGGAGGUUCUUUGCGGCCAACGAGAUCAAGAUUGCCCUCUGUCACCUGCUUCUCAAGUACGAGUGGAAGCUCCUCGAUGACUCGCCCGAGUUGAAACCACUAAUUGUCGGCAUGGGCAUCCUCCCAGACCCCAGAGCACGCCUCCUCGUGAGGAGGAGGACACCGGAGAUUGACCUAGAGUCGUUAGAAGCUGAAGGCUUCGAUAGGGAAAUCAUUGUCACUGAGCUUAUUGAUACGUAA